UACCACGUGAGUCGAACGUCAUUGCCAACAUGGCGGGCAACAUGAAAUUGUACUUAACCUAAAUAUAGUAAAUAUGAUCGAUAGAUUUUUCGUCGACGAGAUUCCGUAACUUUCAUACGCGAUAAUGAUUUUGCAUAAACGAGUUUUCUCGAACAAAACGUGUCUUAGAUCGAGGUUAGCACGAUUUUCGCGAUAAUUUCGCGUCUGUGAUCCAGUGUAAAAUGACAACUUAUGCUUAACCUCAACAUGUUGUCAGAGGUUGAUGUAUUUAUCAGUAAUUAUACUCUAGUUGAUCCUGAAAUCUAUCAGCUUUGGGUUGACGGUCAUUCUUCCAGCGAAGCAGUCAAUAUUCUGAAUCAACGAGGAAUAUGUCAACAAACUAAUGCACCGCUUGAGCUGGUCGCAUCUGACAUACUUGAUCACUAUCGCACCUAUGCUUUACUUGAGAAAUUACUUCAUACCCCUACUAAGCUUGCCAGCGAACAGCUGGCCUUUCAGAUAGAACCUCAAACUAGUCAAAUGCUUAUAGAAAUGUACUAUGAAUUUGAUGAUAUUGUUAUACGUGAAUUAUUGGGAAAGAAAAUAACAUCCAAGAGUAGAAAAGAUAUGGACGAAGUGUCAGAGAAGACAGGGAUUACAUUGAAGAGUUGUCGACGACAAUAUGAUAAUGUGAAAAGAGUGUUUAAAAUUGUCGAAGACUUACCAGGUUCUCUUUCAACCAAUAUCAAACAACAUUUCUUACUUUCGGAGGAUCUUGCUAAACGAUAUGCUGCAGUAGUAUUUAUAGCAUGUCUGCGGUUUGAAAUGAAUAAAAGAAAACUACAAUUUUUGACAUUUCCUGAUUUAUAUCAUUGUGCUAACAGUAUGAUGGCAUCAUGGACGUAUCGUUGUGUUGGAUCUGAAUACUUCGAUACAGAUUUGGAUAGAGAAUUUCUACAGGAAUUAUCAGAAUGUAGAGUUCUUUUAGAAAAUGAUAAACAUCAUAAACAUCUGGUAUGCCUCAAGCUCAAACCAAUGCUUCUCGAUCGAUCUUAUCAAGAAGUAGACAUGAACUUUCGUUCGUAUUCGAGAGCGAUACUCGGAAUUGGAUGCAACUUGCACAGAUCACGAGAGUUAAGAUUUUUCUUUUUGGAACUAGUGGAGAGAUGCAUCGAACCUUGGCGACAAGUCAAUUGGACGCAUUCCGAUCUACGAAAUUUCUUGGCUGUUUACACACAGUGUGCUCUUGAUAUGGAUGUACUUAGAGAAGGAGAACUGAGAGAUGCGUUUGAACGUUAUAUGACAGUAGUGACAUGCUGCUUAUUACGUAUGUAUCAUACAUGAAUAUCAAUGUAAAAAUUAUAUAUAUAUAUAAAAGGUAUAAAUAUAAAUUAUAUAAA